GUGGUAAUUUUCUAUUUUCUAUUUUUAAUAUACUAUAUUUAGCUCCAUAGAUUCAUAGAGAACUGAGAUUCUAACGUAAUCACAAAGUUAGCGUUUAAAUAGCAUUAUCCAUUUCGACCAUCCUUGGUGAUGAUAAAGUUUGUUUUGAUACAUUUAUGACGUGGUGGUUGCAAAACAGUGGUGGCUGUUGUCUCGCGCGGGUCUGUGGCAGGGUAUAUUGAGUGAAGUCUGUGGUGUGUUUAUCUGAGUUUCUAAUUUUAUUUAAUCAUUUAGAGGUAGGUCGAUAAAUUCGAUAAAUAUUGUUCGGAUAUUUUAAUUGCUGUAGACAUUAUACUUAUCUUGCGCGCAUACAGCAGAAAGGUAUUGGUGUGAGUUGCACUUGCACGGCCCGACUUCUUAACAAGUCGUGUAAAAAUGAAAAUUAAAAGCAUGGCAAGCAGCAGUUCUAAUAAUGAAGGCCAAGGAUUAAGUGGCAAUGAUAAAGGUGAUGACAUAAGAAAUAAAUUUAUUGAACAUCAAAAUCCUGGGCAAGACUGUCAAUCACACUCCACUCUACCAAAUGUUGUGGAGGAGAGCACCACCAUGGGCCAUGGAGAUCCAUCUCCCAGCCACUCUGUAGCUGGAUCGGAAGAUGCUCUGAUGAUACGUGCUGCAGCAUCCUCCCCACGGUCCAAUGAGGCUUCUGGCCACGAGCAGCCUCCUGGUAGGGACUCAAGUCCUUCCACAUCGGUAGCGUCGCCAGACGUGACAAAGUCGACCGCGACCCUCCCUGAAGUGCCCGACGAUGCUGUGGAGCCGAUCCGCGUCGCGCUGCCAGAGGAGCCAGCUGGCUCCGCGGAGCCGGCCCGUGUCGCUCUGUCGGAGGAAGAGCCAGUAGGCUCCGCGGAGCCCGCUCGCGUGGCGCUGCCGGAGGAGCCCGCCUGUGCCGCGGGGGCGGAGCGCGUGGCGCUGCCAGAGGAGCCCGCCAGUGCCGCGGGGGCGGAGCGACACGUGUCGGAUACGGCGCACCACAUCAAGUGGGUGCAGUUCCACGGGGCCCGCUCGCCGAUCAUCACACAGAAUGUGAACGGACCGUGCCCGCUGCUGGCGCUGAUCAAUGUGAUGCUGCUGAAGGGCAAGGUGCAGCUGCCCUCUGCGCUGGAGGUGAUCACCAUCGGCCAGCUGAUGGACUACAUCGGGGACACCAUGCUCGACUCGGCGCCGGCCGAGGCGCAGCAGCCUGACUUUCAGCAAAACAUGCAGGACGCCGUGGCCAUCCUGCCCAAACUGCAGACCGGUCUCGACGUCAACGUCAAGUUCUCCGGGGUGCAGGAGUUCGAGUACACGCCCGAGUGUUGUAUAUUCGACCUGCUGCACGUGCGGCUGUACCACGGCUGGCUGGUGGAUCCGCAUGAGCCGGACGUACACCGAGUGGUGGCCCAGUGCGGAUACAACCAGCUGGCCGACAAGAUAAUCACCAACAAAGACUCGGACGACCCGGAACUUCUGCACGAGGUGCUGCUGGCCGAGAACUUCCUGGACACGACGGCCUCGCAGCUGACCGCCCACGGCCUGAGUCAGCUGAGGGAGACCAUGCGGGACGGCGAGCUGGCCGUCUUCUUCAGAAACAACCACUUCAGUACCAUCUACAGAUACCAGGACCAGUUGUACCUGCUGGUGACCGACCAGGGCUUCCUGCGCGAGCCGCGGGUGGUCUGGGAGACGCUCAGCUCCACUGACGGCGCCGGACAGUUCGUCAACGGAAACUUUGAGCCGCUGAGCCCUGAGCGGCCGCCGGCCUCCGGCCCCGAGCAGGUGGACCACGACUACAUGGUGGCGCUGUCUCUGCAGGAGGAGAGCUCGCGGCAGCAGGCGCAGGAUAUGCAGUGGCAGGAGUACAAGGAGGCAGAGUUCGGCACCAGUGCCGAGCUACUCUCAGACGCCGAACUGGCCAGGCGGUUACAGGAGGAGGAGGACAGGAGUGCGGCGUCCGAGCAGCAGCAACAACAACAGCAGCCGCAGCAGCAGCAGCGGCAACGGCGGCGGCACUCUCAGCCGCCGGCGGCACCGCCGCAGCAGCCGGCCACGGGCCACCAACGGGUCAGCAGCACCGGAGGAUCUGAAGGAAAAUCAAAGGGGAAGUGUGCCAUUAUGUAGCGGAGGGCCGCCGCGCCCGGCGCUGUGACCUUAUCUGUACGGCGCGGCUGCGCCCCGGGUCGGCGGUCGGCCGGCCGACCGGAGCGCCGCGCGCGUCCUCUCCCGGUGCCUUGCCACGGCAGCACAGCGGCUGGCGUGUGGCCGCGCGCUGUGACCGAUUCCAUGUGAUAUACCGGCCCUGUGGCCGCGGCGCGCCGCCGCACCGUGCGCCUGACCCUCUACCCGCACCGCGCGCGGGACGGAGAGCGAGCCGAGCAGCCCACGACAGCUGUCAAUGCCUGACUGACUGACACAAUAUAUGUAUACACUGGCGUCUGUA